UCAGUUCCAAUUUCCUUGGCUAUACCCUGACGAAUGACACAUUUGGUGAAAUGCCUUUGCUAGAAUAUCUCGACUUAUCAAAUAAUAAGAUAAGUUCACUUCCAAAGCUAAUCUUCAAGAACACAAAUCUGCUUAAAACCAUAAGAAUUGAUUCCAAUUAUUUGAUGUCAUGGAAUACAGAAAUAAACAAUUUUCGUAUGACAGUUAUAAAUUUAUCAAGAAACACCUUUGACGAAGUUCCACUUCUGUUGCGUUAUCAAGUCAGUUGCAUGGUAAGUAGGGAUUUUCAGCUGUACUUUAAGGACAACCCUCUCAAGUGCAAUUGCUUAACUUUGACUUCAUUAAAAUGGAUGAGAGAUCAUGCUUCGAAAUUACAUAAUCUUGAUGACAUCAGCUGCCUUGAUGACAGCAACAGACGACUAUUCUUGAAAGACAUCCAUCAAAUCAUCUUCGAGCUUGACAAAAAGUGUUCCUCCUACCUAGGUAUUUCUAUCGGGGUUCUCUGUCUUGUGAUGCUAGUUCUCUGUUUGUGCAUAACAGGUAUCGUGUACAGGUUCAGAUGGAAACUGAGGUAUCUUUACUAUCUCAUACAGAUGAAACACAGGGGUUACCUUGCUGCUGGGGAGGAAGAAGAGGGUGGGACACAGUUUGAGUUUGAUGCCUUCAUUUCCUAUGCUGACGAGGACCGUGGGUUUGUUGUUGAGGACAUGAGGCAGAUAUUGGAGGGACAGCAUGGAAUUCGGCUAUGUAUCCAUCAUCGAGACUUUCUCGUGGGGGAAGCUAUUGCUGCCAACAUUCUAAACGCUGUGAAAUCAAGCAGGAGGACGGUGAUCGUCCUGUCAAGGAAUUUCUUGAGGAGCUACUGGUGUAAGUACGAAGUGGAGAUGGCCAAAAUGGAGAGUAUUUACACUGGACGAAACACACUGCUGGUGGUAGUCCUGGAGAAUAUCCCUGUGAGGGACCUGCCCCCUGAUAUUGUGGAGCUGAUGCGUCAAGACUCCUACGUAGAGUACACAGAUGAUCGGGAAGGUCAGGAGGUGUUUUGGCAAAAUCUUGAACGUGCUGUACGUAUUGUGUAGUUGGUUGUUUAGAUGUAGGAGCAUGAUCUAUGGGAUUGUAGAUGUUUCACAAUUGAUCUGACCUUUUAAAUUUUCUACUUUCUUACAUUUUACUUCAAUGAAACCUGGAGAUACAUUUUAUCAUUCAUUUCCUUAAAUGUUUUGUUGUGGUUUAUUGUUGAGGUUGUAGUGUGUUGUGCUUGGAUUGAUCUUCCCCUUCGUAUUGUCUUCUCCAUAAUAACCUGAUAUAUCGAAAGUUUACGAUGCAUGUGUUAUGGUAGGUCUAUGUUUUAAUAUUGUUACCGUUUUGUUUCUCCUCUGUGACAUUAUGCUGAGCCCACAAGAGGUUGUGACAGAGGUUUCGACUUACAUGUACAUAGUCUUCGGUUGCUAUACUGGAAUCAGUUAAACCGUACAUCUUCAUGACUGCAGGACAGGUGUGUCAAGGAUAUGGAGUUUCAGACAUUUGAAGCUUUCGGAUAUCAUUUGAGUCACAGGUCUAAUAGUGUGUUUUCUAUUGCGUGUUACCAUGUUAUUUUUCCUGUAGAAUUAAGUAAGGCAUAUCACAUGUAGGAGAGAGGAGUGUUUAGCACACGUUUUUGAAAUUACCCAAAUUUCGUUUAUAUUAUUUUUUCUAGUGAGAUAAAGGUUGAAACUUACAGAUGGCUUUUCAAUCCAAAAUUAAAAAACAAAAACAAAUUUAAUUAUAUAUCCAUGUUGUCAGGGGU